CUUUUCAAAUAUAGAAUUGCCCUCGCAGAGUCAUCUUCUAAUCUAUUUCUUGUCGCUGAAAUACUUAGAGUAGGAUAUUCGGUUUGUGCUUGCUACUAUACUAACGGAUUUGAAUUGUCUUCUAAUGGUAAUAAUAAAUAUCUUUCUAGCUCAUUUUAUAGACUAUCCAAUUGUUUAUUUGUAAGUGAUAUAUUAAAAGAAAUGGGCGGAACUGAGGUAGAAAAAGUAAAUGAAGUAGAAGAAUCAAGGGAAAUAGAAGAAUUAGUUAGAAUAGAGGGAACAGAAAAAAUAGGCGAAAUAGAAGAAAGGGAAGUG